UUCUCAUACCGGAAGCGACAUGGACGUGGCAAAAAAACUGUGUUUCUCUCUACUUUUGGUUGUUUUACUAGUUCACUAUGGCAAUUCCACAACAAAAAAGAAAGAGACCACAAUGGGUGACAGAGUAUCACAGCUUAUGGACUGGAGCUCUAGGAAGUCUGUUAUCAGAUUAAAUGGUGAUAAAUUCAGGAUGUACCUGAAGUCAACCCCACGGAAUUACUCCGUUGUACUUAUGUUGACUGCUUUGCAGCCACAACGGCAGUGUGCUGUUUGCAAGCAAGCUAAUGAUGAAUUCACCAUUAUUGCUAACUCAUGGCGAUACUCUAACCAGUUCUCAAACAAACUUUUCUUUGCUAUGGUGGACUUUGACGAAGGUCAGGAUGUCUUCUCUUCAUUGAAACUGAACUCUGCGCCAGUAUUUAUUCACUUCCCAGCGAAGGGCAAACCCAAGAAGGGUGAUACAAUGGACAUCCAUCGUGUUGGCUUUGCUGCAGAACAGCUGUCAAAGUUUAUAGCAGAACGAACAGAUAUACAGAUUCGCAUAUUCCGUCCCCCCAACUACAGUGGUACACUAGCAUUAGUGCUGUUAUUCUCGCUGAUAGCUGGUCUUCUCUAUUUGAAGAGGAACAACCUUGAGUUCCUUUACAACAAAACAUCAUGGGCAAUUGCAGCUUUAUCUAUUAUAUUUGCCAUGACAUCGGGUCAGAUGUGGAACCAUAUAAGAGGACCUCCAUUUAUGCACAAAAACCAACAAGGGCAGGUGGCCUAUAUUCAUGGUAGCAGUCAGGGGCAAUUCAUCGUAGAGACGUACAUAGUUAUUAUAUUAAAUGCUGCUAUAUGUGUAGGUAUGGUUUUACUUAAUGAAGCUCAACAUAUGAAAGCUGAUGCUGGGAAAAAACGAAUAAUGGCUCUAAUUGGUCUCGGGACAGUAGCGUUUUUCUUCAGCCUGCUACUGUCAGUGUUUAGAUCGAAAUAUCAAGGCUACCCAUACAGUUUUCUCAUCAAGUAAAAGUCACAUUCCUAACUGACAGAUUCACCACCUUACAUGACUAUAUAUAGAAAAAUUCAAUACUUUAAAUGCCUAUAUAUGGAAGAAUCAUAUAUACAGCUCCGUAAAUGCCUACAGAUGGAAGAAUCUAAGAUUCAUCACUACAUGCAAAUACACAUGAAAUAUGGAAGAAUCACAUGUACAAACUCUACAUGCAUUUAUAUAUGGAGAAAUCACAUUUUUAUCACCUUUCCUUGGCAAAUCAGAACUAUAUUUUAAUCACACACACAUUAUUUUCGCAUAGUUUAAUGAAUUACAGUUACAAUAAAAUAAGUGCCUAAAGCUUGAAAACUGGGACUUAGAGCAUAGGUUUAUAAUCACUGCUCCUCAUCUGGUGACAAGAAAAUACCAUAUAAGAUAUAAUAGUGGUCAGUGAUAAUUUAUAGCUUAACAUUGAGGCGUAAAUUGGAGUGGGAGAUAUUUUGGCAUUUCAUUUUGUUAAAAAACAACAUUUUUUGCACUUAGAUGACCUAAAAAUAUUAUUGUUGUAUUAAUGGUAUGAAAUACAAUUUCCUUAUUAUUAAGAGUGAUUUGGUUAAAUAUAUUCAGCUUUUUGUGUACUCAUGGACAGUGUUCAGUAAAACCUGUCUUA